AUGGAGAUUCUCGACGAGAAGCAGAGGCUGGCCAUGCAGAAUGGUCAGCCACCGGAGAUCCAACCGUACGUUCCAACACAGGCGGUUGUGGACUGCGAUGAUGGCGCUGCGGCUCUAGUUACCGACGGCUUCUUGGUCCCAAGCCUCGACGGGCCCAACGAUGCAGAACCCCCCGCAUAUGGCGAACAGCAUAACCACGUCCGAUUUUCACAACCAGGCUUCGAUGCUGGUGCCGAAAUCACAGACGAUGGUAGAAUUAAUAUCAACCUUCACACCAAGAACCGACGGCUUGCAAAUUUGCUUGCCCCGACUAUCGACAGCCAAAUCUCAGUAGAGCCUCAAGCCGAACCUGCUCUACCGCCAGCAUAUAUCCCGCCUGGUCUAAGUGCUGAGCCAGGUCAGCCGCCUCCACCCAGCCUUAACGUCGUUAUCCAAAUUGUCGGUUCUCGAGGUGAUGUCCAGCCUUUUGUGGCCCUGGGAAAGGUCCUGAAGGAAUCAUACGGACACAGAGUUCGGAUAGCGACUCAUCCAACGUUCAAAUCCUUUGUCGAGGAAAAUGACUUGGAGUUUUUCAACAUUGGAGGCGAUCCUGCCGAACUCAUGGCCUUCAUGGUAAAACACCCUGGAUUGAUGCCUGGAAUCGAUGCUCUGAAGAGCGGAGAAGUCAGCAAACGACGUCGGGGGAUACAAGAAAUGCUUCUUGGAUGUUGGCGAUCCUGUAUCGAGGCAGGCGAUGGUCUAGGACCUCCGCCAAAGCCACAUAGGAUUAAUGAGCCGUUGGACCUGGCUGCUGGAAUGCCGGGAGACGGACAUGAUCAACCAUUUGUGGCAAAUGCUAUCAUUGCAAACCCCCCAAGUUUUGCCCACAUCCAUGUCGCUGAGAAGCUUGGCAUCCCGGUUCACAUGAUGUUCACCAUGCCGUGGUCACCUACGAGGGCAUUCCCCCACCCUCUGGCGAAUAUCCAAUCUUCUAACGCUGACGACGUCAUGACUAACUACAUGACCUAUACAUUGGUAGAGAUGCUGACAUGGCAAGGUCUCGGUGAUGUUAUUAACCGCUUUCGUCAAAAAGCACUUGACUUGCCAUCCCUGUCGUUUAUCUGGGCGCCUGGCCUGCUAAAUCGCCUCAAGGUUCCCUACACCUAUUGCUGGUCCCCAGCGCUGAUACCAAAACCGAAUGAUUGGGGGAGGCAUAUCGACAUUUCGGGCUUUUACUUUCUUAAUCUAGCGUCGUCCUAUAUACCGGACCCAGAGCUCGCCGCAUUCCUUGAAGCCGGCCCACCCCCGGUUUAUAUUGGAUUUGGGUCCAUAGUCGUGGAUGACCCAAAUGCCAUGACUCGAAUGAUAUUUGACGCAAUUCAUCUCGCCGGUGUUCGGGCAUUAGUAUCGAAGGGCUGGGGUGGUUUGGGUGCAGAUGAUGUUGGUCUUCCUGAAGGUGUGUUCAUGCUGGGCAAUGUGCCGCAUGAUUGGCUUUUUGAGCAUGUUUCGGCUGUUGUACAUCACGGCGGAGCUGGAACGACUGCGGCUGGUAUCAAGGCUGGAAAACCUACGAUUGUUGUACCCUUUUUUGGAGACCAGCCAUUUUGGGGAGCCAUGAUUGCAAGGGCGAAGGCUGGGCCGGAGCCAAUUCGUCAUAAAGAUCUCACUGCAGAAAAAUUGGCUGAAGCCAUCAAGUUCUGCCUUGAGACCGAUACCCAAGAGAGGGCAAAAGAGCUGGGACACAAAAUCCGAGAGGAAGCUGGAACAGAUGUUGGUGCAAAGAGCUUCCAUAAGCACCUCGAUAUCGAUUCUCUGCGUUGCUCGGUAGCACCCAGCCGAACUGCCGCUUGGCGAGUCAGAAGAACCAAGGUACGCUUGUCGCCGCUGGCAGCGUCGGUGCUGAUAGAUGCAGGUCUGAUAGCGUACAAAGAUUUGAAGUUGUAUCGACCUGUCGAGUACAAUACAGAAGAUCAGCCACCUGACCCCGUUUCGGCUGGCGCUGCUUCGCUCAUCGGCGACCUGAGUGGAAUUGGCAUGGCUAUCGCAGAUGUUCCUCGGGAAUUAUUCAAAUCUCGACGUCCCAAGGAUGGUCAAAGCUCAGAGACAUCAACCUUACUAGGCUCGUCUAGCAAACUCACACUAGCUACAACGGACACGAUAUCCCAGAACGAGUCUACUACUGACUUGUUUAGUCCUACCUCUCGGGAAAGAGAAGGUCAAGAAGAGUCAAGAGUUCCAACUGCUGAUUCCAAUCGAUCGCUCACCGAACUAUCUUCCGCAUCACAAUCUCUCGUGGAACCGAGGUCUGUAGCUAGAUCUGGAGGAGAUGCAGAAAGCGGAAGCUCUAGAACACCUUCCAGGACUGGACUUAGGGCCCGAGCAUCCAGUGAUCAGCUAAGACAAACAUUCUCUCGUAGAGACCCGUCGCCUCUGGGGAUAAGUCUGGAUGCCACCGUUGGAGCUGGACGAAGUGUAGGCCGUGCUGUGUCUACAGGCGUGAAGAGUCCGAUGAAUUUCUGUUUGGGGCUGGCUAAGGGAUUCAGGAAUAUUCCGAGACUCUACAAUGACGAUACUGUCCGACCCAUAGAGAAAGUCACCGACCUCAAUAGUGGUAUCAAGAUUGCUGGCAAAGAGCUUGGAUAUGGCUUCUUCGAUGGCAUUGCCGGUUUGGUUACGCAACCAAUUCGAGGAGCUGAAAAGGAAGGACCCGGUGGAUUCGUCAAGGGCAUCGGAAAGGGCAUUGGAGGCCUUAUUGCUAAGCCUGCUGCUGGCAUAUGGGGUGUUCCUGCCUAUAUGAUGCAAGGCGUCCACGCGGAGGUCAACAAAAUGUUUACGAAGAGCGUCCAAAACUACAUCAUUACUUCUAGGGUCGUCCAGGGGACGCAAGAUCUGACCAGAGCAAGCGAGGAGGAAAAGUCUGACAUUAUUAUUCGGUGGAACAAUUCGAAAUGGGAUCUGAAGAACUAUUAUAUGUUGAAGCGAAAGGAAAAGACAGCCGAGAAGGCACCAGCAGGAUCAGAACAGUCCACGCAAUCAGACUUACCAUUCUCUCGACCUAAGACAAGCUGGCUUCACACUCGCGGAAUGUCGGCAGAAGAAAGAAAGAGGCUGCAGACGCAAAAGAGAGGCUUCGUCGACGCGCCUGUGCCUCCAUCAAGCAGCUCUUCUAGUGCCCGGCCAAGCUCAUCAGAUGAUGCUGAGUUCGAACAAGCAAUCCAAACCUCGGUUCGGGAAACAUCUAGAGGCAAUAUCGAAGAAGAUGCGAUGAUCGAGGCAGCUAUUCGGGAAAGCAUCAGAGCCAUGCGUGCAAGAGGGGCGCUACUAGAGACGUUACCGGAGGACUCUGAAGAAAUUCCAGAAAAGGACCUCAGCAUAUUCGAGGACGAGGAGUACCAGAUUACAGACGAAGAAUACCAGUCGCUUGUAGAACAGGCCAUCCAGCAAAGUCUGGCAAGCCAUAUAGAGGAUUUGUUCCACCCUCAAGAAACUGGCAUAUCAGAACUGGACGCAUUUACUACGGAGAUACACAGUGCCCAGGGUAGUGGCACUGCACAAGCAGACGAACAUGAUGCCGAUCUUCAACGAGCCAUAGAAGAAUCAAAGAAUGUGCCGACUCCUCCAUCAUUUGAUGACGAGGAAGAGCUUCAGCGAGCUAUUGAAGCAUCGAAACAGGAUAUGGCUCGCGAGCACAACCAACAAACUGAGGAGGACAUUGUCUUGGAAUAUGUAAAGAAGCAAAGCUUGGCUGAGGCAGAAUUCCAUAGUCAGCUGAACAAAGGGAAAGGAAAAGCAGCAGCAGCAGAAACCGAUAGCGAAGACGAGGAACUAAAGCGAGCUUUGGAAGAGAGCUUGAAAUUGCACAGAGGCGAUUGCGCCGGCCCUUCAGGGUCAGGAUCAAGAUCAAGAUCAAGGUCAGCAUCCAGAGCUUGCGAUGAAGCAACAGAAGGAAAGUGA